AUGUCAAGUGAUUUAGACUUGGAGAUUCAAUCGAAUUUUGUUUCAUUAUUUGAAAAUUACGAGCGGUUGGGGACUUUGGAUAUAAAAACCAAAGCAGAUGUUGAGAAGGCAUUAAAAAGUCCUCCUAGUUAAAUAAUAUAGUCAGAUAGUCCGCUGGAUUAGGAGAUUGGUUCUGCAUUAAGACUUAAACAACGAGAUAUUAAGGCAGUUUAGAAGGAAUCAAAAUUUUGUCGUUAACGAGAUGCUUCUAUUAAUAAAAAUACAAGUUAGUUGAAUAUUUCAAAGGAAUCAAUAGAGAGAAAGGGUAUUUUAAAGAACAGAGAUUCGUUUAAUAGUUCGAGUUCUGAUGAAAAAAUAACUCCAAAACAUGUGAAAUUUAGUUCUGAAUCUUCUAAAUUUGUACACAUGGCCUUAAAAUGA